AUGGUGCCGAGCCGCGGCAAGGCGUACGAGAUCCAGCACCACCAGCACGACUGCUUGGUAAUCGGUGCCGGCGGUGCUGGCCUCCGAGCCGCCUUUGGUCUCGCCGCACAGAACUUCUCCGUGGCCCUGGUAUCAAAGCUCUUCCCCACCAGGUCACACACGAUCGCAGCGCAGGGCGGCAUGAACGCAGCGAUAGGCAGCAUGCACGAUGAUGACUGGAGGUGGCACUUCUACGACACGGUCAAGGGUUCUGAUUGGCUUGGCGAUCAGGAUUCAAUCCAUUACCUCACUCGCGAAGCGCCCAACCGCGUCUUCGAAUUGGAGAACAUGGGAAUGCCUUUCUCUCGCACAAAAGAGGGUAAAAUAUACCAGAGGUCAUUCGGUGGCGGCACUAUUAAGAACGGCAAAGAAAUAGCUAAGAGAACGUGCGCCGUGGCUGACAGGACCGGCCACUCUUUGUUGCACACUGUUUACGGAUACUGCACAAAGUUCGAAAAGGUUGACUUCUUCAUCGAGUAUUUUGUCCUUGACAUUAUCCUGCAAGAUGGUGAAGUAGUGGGUGCCCUGGCGAUGAAUUUGGAUGACAGCUCCCUCCAUAGGUUUCAGGCGAAGAACACGGUGAUCACGACUGGUGGCUAUCCGAGGAUGUAUUUCUCGUGCACGGCGGCCCACACGUGCACUGGUGACGGGUGCGCCAUGGCUACCAGGGCCGGCAUACCGCUCCAGGACAUGGAGUUCAUACAGUUUCACCCAACGGGCAUGUAUGGCUCCGGUUGCCUGAUGACGGAGGGCUGUCGCGGUGAGGGCGGCUACAUCGUGAACAGCAAGGGCGAGCGGUUCAUGGAGAAAUACGCGCCGAAGGCUAAGGACCUCGCCAGCAGGGACGUAGUAUCCAGGUCAAUGGCCACGGAGAUUCGGCAAGGUCGGGGCGUCGGCCCGAAGAAGGACCAUCUGUACUUGCAGCUGCACCAUCUCAGUCCAGAAGUGAUCCGCGACCGGCUGCCCGGUAUAUCGGAGACCGCGUACAUUUUCACGGGCGCUGACGUCUACACGCAGCCUGUGCCGAUACUGCCAACGGUCCACUACACGAUGGGCGGCAUACCUAUCAAUUACAAAGGCGAGGCUCUGAUAUACGCGGGCUCCGACUGCCCCAUACCCGGCCUCCACGCUGCCGGCGAGGCGGUCAGCAACUGCCACGGCGCCAACCGGCUCGGCGCCAACUCCAUCCUGGACGUGGUGGUGUUCGGCGCCGCCAUUGGCCACAACAUCGGCAAGAAGUUCAAGCCAGGCGAUAAGCAGCCGGACCUGAAGGACAACCUAUGCGAUGCGACCCUUGACAACUUGGACAAGGUGCGGAAUAGCAAGGGUUGCGUGGCGAUCCACGAGUUGCGAGCCUCAAUGCGCCAGACCAUGCAAAACAAAUGCGGCGUGUUCAGAGAAGCGAAACUUCUAAAUGAAGGAAACACCGAGAUACAGAAGUGGUUCAGGGCUUUCGAACAGGUCAUCGUGACGGACAGAAGCAUCAACUGGAACACGGAUCUUAUGGAGGCGCUCGAGCUGCAGAACAUGUUGCAGACCGCGAUCCAGGUCGUCGCGUGCGCCCUCAACCGCACCGAGAGCAGGGGCGCCCACUUCCGCGACGACUUUCCCAAGCGCAUGGACGAGAUGGACUACUCCAAACCAACCGAAGGACAGACGCCGAAGCCGAUCGAGCAACAUUGGCGGAAACACAGCUUGUCUAUAGCUGACCUCAAAACGGGAAACGUCACCAUCACAUACCGGCCCGUCAUCGACAAGACCCUCGACGAUGAGGUCGCGACUAUACCUCCCGUGCCAAGAGUCUAC